ACUAGAAUUGCCUAGAUAAUAAAAACCGAUGUUCUUUUUGAAUAAGCAAGAUAUUGUUCAGAUAACACUCUUGAGAAGCCAAAUGAAGAAGGUACUCUCACUAAUCUUCCUCAUGUGGAUGGCCUUACUAGUUCUUGCAGAUCUGAGCAUGGCAACUUCAGAGAACGUUAACAACAGCUUCAUCAUCAGCACCUACCGCCGCGGCUCAGCCGACUGCCUUAUCGGAGACGACAACAUUGAGGGCGUCAAUGGGUUGCUGAUGAAUUCUCAUGGAGGCAGAAUGCUUUUGGAUACUCCAAAGUUGAAGACUCCAGAUACAGGGAGCAAGAAUGAGCCUGCUGUGCCUUGUCCUUUAAAUACUAGAUGCACAGAUCAAAACGUGUAUUGGAAUGUGCAAAACGUGAGUUGGCGGCAUGUUUGAAGACGAAUGUUUGUUUGGAUUAACUUUUUCUCA